CCUUUGGAGAGUCCAGCGUCUCACCUGGCUAGAUGUUUGUGGUAUCGGUCUGCAGCAUGUAAACUGACACAGCAUCGAUAUUUGUUGGGUCUGAUGUCUUCAAACAAAAGGACUAAUCGCCAGAACUGCAUUGCCAAGAGAGUUUUGUCAUUUUCCUCAGUAAAAGGCAACCUAAACGAAUUUCAGAAAAAGAGGAAAAUUGCAAUUGAGACGAGAAGGCAGUGCACAGCAAACGACCGUGAUUCCGAGAUUGUUUCCGAGCUCUGCAGGUGUCCUUCUCCUUCAAAUGUCAGUGCUAGCAGGACAGUUCAACGGAUUUUUGCAGCGUGUAUGUUGUCACUUCUUGCACUCCUGGGCUCAAUUUCUCUUGACUUGAGUAGUAGCCUGGAACAUUGGAGAAGCACAGAGAAAGCCCUUCUGUCACUUACUUCUUGCAGAAAUGUUCGUCACAUUAAGUUUGUAAACCUCCUGCAAGAACAAAGGGAGGCCUGCUGUCAGACUACUACAGAUUCCAAAUGUGGUAGCAGAACCUCUGAUAUUGUCCAGACACUGAAGAGAAUUAACCUCAUAUGCACAGAGACUAAUGAAAGAGUGCCUGCAGCAUCACAUGGAUGUGAUGAAGCAGAAGAAAUGACUUGUACAGAAUAUAUAAGUAAAAGGCUGAAGGACAUAUUAGUGAAUGCAACAUUUUCUGAAGAUAUGAUACUGUCUAGGGCUAUCACCGAGGUUGUAGAGUUAUUAAGAUAUCCUGAGGAAGACAGUAAAGCUAUGAGAUUCAACCCAGACUGGGCAGAUGUCGUUUUACUUAGGCUUCUGGUGAGGACCAAAGAGAUUAUCUCAAAAUCAUACUGUUCAAAUAAUAGUUCAACAUCUGUAUCCCAAGAUAUUCAGACUCAGUUGCACCACCUAGCUACCAUUCUGAACUAUGGAGUGUUUGUUUCAGAAAGCUUUCAGACUUGUUGGGUAGAUAAUGCUAAUUUGUCUCUACAUUUCAAACGGACUUCUGUCUUUAUUCCGUUCACUGAUACCUCUCUUUUUGAUGGUAGUAGGCAGCUAAUACAAACUUACCGUCAAGGACUGAACAUAGUUCAAGACUGUUUACUUGAGAAGGGUGGCGAAAAGCUGAGAAAGAAAUCCAGAGAAAUCCUUUCAGCAGUAAGCCUUAAAAUCACCCUCCUGGCCAUCACUUGCCUCAUAUAUCCCAUAGUACUUGUAUCCUUUAAACAAAUGACAGCAUGGAUACAGAAUUAUGCAUGGAAUCUCAAAGAACGGACUGAGGAUCUUAAGAAGGAGAGACGCUUAGCUGAGGAACUCCUUCAUCAGAUGUUGCCAAAAUCAGUAGCAGAACAGCUGCGAAGGCAUAAACAUGUUCAGGCUGAAAGCUAUGAACAGGUGACAAUCUUUUUCUCUGACAUUGUUGGAUUCACAGUCAUUGCUGCCUCCUGUACCCCCCUGCAGGUUGUUGAGAUGCUGAACAGUCUAUAUGUGUGUUUUGAUACCAGAAUUGAUUCAUACGAUGUGUACAAGGUAGAAACCAUUGGAGAUGCCUACAUGGUUGUAAGUGGACUCCCUGAGAGAAAUGGGGACAAACAUGCUGAUGAAAUAGCCAAAAUGUCUUUAGAUUUAGUAGCUGCUGUAAGGCAAGUGGUGAUCCCUCACAUGCCUAAUAAUAGGCUUCAGAUGCGGGCUGGAAUCCACACAGGUAUGUCAGGAUAUCAGUGUAACAAUGAACUGAAUCUGUAUACCUACAUAUGA